AUACCAAAACACCUGUAGAGUGUAGACGUUGACAUACUAUUCGCCAGCCUGAUUGGUACAUCACCGAAAUAUUACGUUUACAGUAACUUACACGAGUCGGUGGACAGUAGCACAAAGCACAGUAGGUAGCGUGUAUUUGAGGCAGAAUGUGGGAACCGGCUCAGUAUCACCUAACGGGUUGAGUGAAACUGUCUAAAAACCACAACCGGGCUGGCUGACGCACUGGCCCCGUGUCAUUGAUCCACCAGGUGGAUUGGAUCUGGGGUCAGCAUACUUCGCUGUCCCUGUUCUGGAAGCACUUGCAGCUACCGGGGUUGAGCCAUGGAAGAUAUAGACGAGAAAGAAUCUUCUGCCCCUUCCGAGUUAUCCUCAGAUGGUGAAGAUAGUGUUUCGUCGGACACUUCUUUGAGUGUUGGUGAACGUGAUAUCUACACUGAUGAUGAUAGUAAUGAUGAUGGUGAUGAUGAUGAUGACUUGAGAGGGGUGGAAGCUGCUGCUGAAGUAACAGCAGAAGAACAAGAUAAAGCAGAUGAGGCUUCAAUAAUUCAAGAGGAAAAGAUUUUUUCUGGAAUAACAGACAUCACAGAGAGAAUAUUAUCACGUCGCGUGCAAUACAAUGCCAUAAAUGAUAUGAUUGCAGACAGACGAAGUUUCUUGGUUGACGGUGAUUCGUUAUUGUUAAAUGCAGUGGGACAAAGUGGUUUGGACAGUGCUGGAGGUGGACAAAUGUUGCAUUGUGUGUAUUUAUGUGAACGCCUGCUUCAGAUUUUUGCAAGAGUUAGCGGAACCUUUGAAAUAGUAUUUUCGAAAGUCUGGGACAGAAUUCUGAAGGACAACCAUAGCAUCCGUUUGGCCAGAUCAGUCUUAAAACAUCAUUUCAGACAUAAUACAAAAUUCUUUGUUCAUGAAAUUGAAGCAAUUUGGAGUGUAGAUUUUAGGCAAAUUCUCAAGCACUUGAGGCCCAGUUUUUUGUUGUGUGACAUUUCACCAAAAGAAUGCAGCUCAUAUUUUUCUGAGGACAACUACAGAUGGGUGAAGGUGAUGUCGUGUGCAAACAUUUUGUACAGUAUUGGACAAGGACUACCUUGUGUCGAUUUUCGUAACAUUACUCUUGAGGUUUCUACUAUUCAUGCAUAUUUUAUUAAUGUUGUACCUGACAUUAGUAGGUCGCUUCAGAUCAUCUCUAGAAAACUCGUAAACAUCACAAAAGACUGGAAUACACUGAAAUUAUUCAUUCAAAUUCCACAAGACUUAAUAAGUGUUAGAAGAAUCGUAUACAUUGCCUCUGCUGCCAAGUACCUUACUUUAAACAAAGACACUGAUGCGAUGAUACUAGUGAAGAUCCUCCUCCUGAAAUGUGCACUCCUGGAUGCUCUGCCUCUGAAAUUCAGAGCAUUUCCACAACCAUAUGAAGUGCCAAAGCAAGUUUCACAUUUCAUAACAGAAAUUCACAAAUUAAUGCACUUAAUAAUGGAAAAUGGACUGACAUACGAUUGUUGUUUUAGUACUGUAUCUGACAUUUGGCAGGGUAACUUAUUUUUGAAGCUCCUUGUGACUUUAAGAAACCGUGUACUUGAACAAAAAUCUGGACUUGGUAAUGUAUUGGGUGAAAUUUAUGUACAUUUAACAGCUACUUUGAGUGAUCUUUGGGGAAGCACAUUGGAGUCCUUUCCAAUAACAUCAGAAGGGUUAAAGUGGACUCACAAAAUAAAAUUUGUGCAGAAUCGAGAUUCGAAGCCAAAUACUGAUGCUGCAGCUCUUGCACAGUUUGACCGACUUCUCCCAAUAUCGUGCAGUCUCACAAAGGAGUUUUGUGGUGAAGAAGUUUUAAACAAUCUUGCUAGACUUCAAAAUCGUGCAGCAGAAAUGCAGUUAUUUAUUUCCAGAAACCUCGCUUUUGAAGAAAGACACCAUUGGCAUUCUCGGAAAAAAUUGACUGAUGAUUUCAGCAGAGUAUUUGACGAUAGAAAAACAUUCAGAAACAGUAAAGGAGGAAGAUAUGCUGAAAAAAAAGCACAGAAACAUCAGGCCCGAUUUGCAAGAUACAUGAAUAUUUACGGAAGCAAUCUCGAAGGAAGAUCGAUACAGAGAGACGUAAUUGUUAGGGGAACCAAACAAAAUAACAACACUGCCAGUGUAGUUAAAAGUAAAAACUAUCAAAAGAAGAAACCUGAGAAACCAAAAAUGGCAGAUAUUAUAAGAAAACAGAAUAAUGAGAGAAAAAGACAUCAAAAUGAAGAUAGUGAUAAAGUUAUGUUUAAAAAGAGCAGUGCAAAAAUUAAGAGCUUUCUCCUGCAAUUUAAAUUUGACAUUGCAUUACAGGAAUUACAGCUGUUGCAAAAAAAUUUGAAAACUGAAAUAUUUGAACUGGAAACAGAAUUACUGAUGGCAGAAACGUUGCACAAAAAAUUGCAGUUUGAUUAUAGAGAGAAAGGUGCUGGAAGUUCACACAUUCUUGAGCUGUACAAAGAACUUUUUCUGCUCUUAAGAGACCUUCUUAUUGGUUCGGAGUCCAAGUAUAAAUUAUCUGACGAAAACAAAAAGCAAAUAGCGUAUUAUCUAACUUGUCUGAACAUGCACGAUAUAAGCAGUGAAUGGAAUUUGCCGUACGUUCAAAAUUAUGCUAAAAUGACAAUUAUAGAUAUAAAAAUGUCGUGGGCGGAAUUUCAGCUGAAACAUUUAGGCCCUUCCUUAAUACGAAAAAAUCGAGGUGAAAUUGACGACGAGCUAGGGUUUGCCCCUGAUGACUGGCAGAAAAUGCUAAUUGACACAGUAAGGAAACGACAGUCAGCCGUUGUGGUUGCUCCAACAUCCUCUGGCAAAACGUACGCAUCUUACUACUGCAUGAAGUCGGUGUUAAAGGAAGGGCACGAAGGUAUUGUUGUGUAUGUUUCCCCCACAAAGGCUCUUGUUAAUCAAGUAGCAGCAACUGUGUAUGCACGCUUUAAAAAUGUUACAAUGCCACCUGGUCUUUCAGUUUAUGGAGUAUUUACUCGUGAUUACAGAGAAAAUGCAUUGACCUGCCAAAUACUGGUGACUGUGCCUGAAUGUUUGGAGAUCUUGCUUUUGUCACCUCGCAUGUGCAGUUGGGUUAGGAGGUUGCGAUACAUUAUAUUUGACGAGAUCCACUGUUUGUCGGGAAUCGCCGGUGGGCUGUCCUGGGAAAGUGGAUUAUUACUUACACGUUGUCCCUUUUUAGCUCUUUCUGCAACAAUUGAACAGCCUGAAAUUUUACAACGCUGGCUACAAGAAUCGAUGAAUUUUAAAAAGGAUAGAGAUAUGCAGAAUGGAUGCAAACGAGAUGAUUCACAUUAUGUGGUAUCUCUUAUAACACACAACGAAAGACAUAAUGAUCUUAAGAAGUACAUCUACGUUCACGAACAGAAUUCGUUAGUCCAUGUGCAUCCGUAUGCGUGUCUUACAAACAAGGUAAUAGACACUUACAGUGGUAUUCCAUCUCAUCUGACCCUCUCUGCUGAGGAGACAUUAUCACUGUUCGGUGCUCUCCAGGCCACCGAACAAAUACACACAAAUAUAGAACAUUUGAGACCAGAAAGAUUCUUCCGAGUAAAUAGCCAGAAACUUUUUAUUACUCGAUCGUCAGUUAAAGAGUAUGAAAAGGAACUGAGGGAAUUGCUCAGUAAAUGGGCACAAGAGUUUAAUGAUUCAUUUGUAUCUGUGGUCAGUCGUUUGGCUCAUGGUGCACAAAAUCUUCGUAAUUUGCCACCGAAGGUAGUACCGAUAUUUCAACUUCCGUCCUUAAUUGAAACUUUGGAAAAAAACAAAAUGUUCCCAGCAAUUGUGUUCCUCUUUGAUCGUCAUUUGAUACAUACAUUUUUGAGGCUGCUAAAUAGAUACUAUGAUGCAAAAACACAAGGAAUUUUGGGCAGUUCUUCAGAUGAUAGUGAUGGAAUAAGCACAACAGCAGAAACAAAGACAAGGAAAGGUAAAACAGUUACUGUGAGAAAAAGGAGAACAUACUCUUUGGGACUAUUGAAGGGAAAUGCUUCUUUGCGCAGUGUUGGAGUAGUUGACAGCGACGAUUUAAAAUUUAUUGAAAAUCGUCUCAUAGGAAUUGGCCAUACGAAGGAUGACCCAUUUGUGAAAGGGUUAAGAAAUGGUAUAGGAAUUCAUCAUGCAGGCCUUAACUCAAAACAGAGAGUAACAGUUGAAAUGAUGUUCCGUAUGAAAGUGCUUAAUGUUGUGUUUGCAACUAAUACCUUGGCUCUUGGCAUACACAUGCCCUGCAAGACUGUAGUUGUGGCUACAGAUAGUUCAUUUCUAACACCACUGAAUUACCAUCAGAUGUCUGGACGUGCAGGAAGGCGAGGGUUUGACGCUGAAGGAAAUGUUGUAUUUUGGGGAGUAAACGAAUCAAAAAUUCAGAAUCUCCUCACUGGAAAGCUACCAAUUCUGUGGGGUAACUUCCCCAUGAGUAUAUCUCUAGUGCUACGGCUUCUGCUUCUUGUCAGCAUGUGUGAAGUGACAGUGCCAGAAAAUAAUGCCGAUAGGGGAACAGUGCAGAAAGAGGCAGUAUCAAGGGCUCUGACUUUCCUCAACUGCAACUUAAUCUAUCAGCAUUUUGCAGAGUUAAAACAACAAAUGAAACAUUUCUUUGCAUUUUCAACGCAGUUGCUGAUGAUGCAGAAACUACUGGAUGAUAAUGGCAGACCACAGCACCUUUGUUCAGGGAUAGUGACACAUUUACAUUACCACGAGCCAGGCAAUCUUGUUUUUGCGUACCUGUUACGGAGUGGAGUUUUACACAGUAUGUGUGUUACUGAAGAAGAUGGUAAAAUAUCAAAAGAAACACAGCUAAAUGUUGUACUCCUGAUGGCUCACCUCUUCACUCGUAAACGUUUACAUCCUGCAAUGCUUAAUAAUAAGUACUGCAAUUCUGUAGUGAAACUAAGAGAAUUGCCAGCUGAUGUUCUUAAGGUUAUCGAGCAGUAUAACUCUGAAGUUAAAUUCUUAUUUGACCACUACUUUCGGUGUGUCGCUGAAGAAUGUUCGAGGACUAUGGGAGAGGACCGAGUUCUCCCAAUUUCUCAGUUGAGUAUUGAACCUGAAACUUCAUGCAUGGAAGAUACAAGAGCAGAAAAUGAGUUGCCUCACCUUCUGCAGGAAAUGAUGGUGGACUACGAACCACGGGUUAUUUGUUCAGCUUUCAUUGCACUCUCGGGCUAUAGUGACAGUGGACUUUAUUCGGAAAAAGAUGUUGUCUCCAAUUUGAGACAUCAGGUAUUUACUGAUAAAAAAAUAGUUCCAAUAUUUGAGGUAGAUCAGAGUCUGAAUAGCUACGCGUGGGACUUCUAUAAUCACGGUAUACGGAAGGCCAUUUUAAAGGAAAAUUUAAUAAGACAUGGUGAUGACUUCAGUUAUUUGAAGGAUUUUUUGUUAGUUUUGUUAGCAGUGUACACAAGUCUGCAAGAUUUUGAUGAUGCUGAUGAAAACAGAGCAGUUAUACAAACAUUUGGAAUAAUAUCAGAAAAUUUCAGAAAGAAAUUUAAUAAAGCAUACAAAAUUGUAGAGGAUUGAAUUUAUAGUACAAAAAUGUGGAGUAUGUGCCUUAACAAUCUUUUGCUCUUUGAUAAAAGUAAUGUACAUUUUAAAUCAGGUAAUUACUGCAGUGAAUAGUACAAAAAUGUGGAGUAUGUGCCUUAACAAUCUUUUGCUCUUUGAUAAAAGUAAUGUACAUUUUAAAUCAGGUAAUUACUGCAGUGAAUGUGCACACAGGGAGUUAUUUACCCUGAUAUGUGCUUUGAAUAUUUUCUCAAAGUAAUGUCUUUAUCGAUGUAUUUUAUUUUUUAUCCAAGGUUUUUAUGGUGAUUUAUGUGGUUAGGAUUCCAGAAAAAAGUUAAAUUUAUCCAGCUGGUUUUGAUAAAUGAAAUAUUAAUGCUGUUUUUUUAUAAACUAAAAUGAUAUUUAUAUUAAGUUUCUUUUAAUUUUGUACAGAAUGGUUUUAGGGAAAGAUUAAAU